AAACGGACGUCCUUAGGAGUCACGUGACAAUGAGUUAUCGUUUCUUAACAUUGCUUUCCAUUUUUCACCUGAUGCUGACUGUGUCUGCCUACUGCAGUCGUGCCCGGCAGCGACUUUUGCCGUUAACUGUGAACGGCCUGACAAGUCUCGCUGCGAUUGCUCCCGUCUCGUCUGACGAAGUCAUUCGUCGCAACAAUGCCUUAACCCGCAACACAGGCGGGCUUCGUCGCCUUCCUGUUGUGAAAGCUCCCAACGAGUUAAUAGACCGGGCACGAAAAGACGCAUAUCGAGUAAAAACUGACAAAGAACUGAAGAAUACACGGAAUCGCGCAAAAAAGCAUGGAGCCGAAACGCUCAACGCCCUUUCGCAGGGGCUUUGCCUCCCACUCCGGGAUUUGGUAAAUGGCUAUAAAUCCGAAUGGAGAAGACUACAUCCAUUUGAGCGCGUCGUAGCCGACUUGACGGCUCGAGCUCGUCAAAAAAAGGAUGGGCUGACGCUCAAUACUCUUCUGGAUGAGAUCCACGAAGCACGGAAAAUGGUUUUAGACAGUAGCAAGGAUUGGAUUUCCAAAGUCAAGGAAGCGGAGACGGCCCGGGAGGCUGGAGAAUUCAUGGAAGAAGGAAUUGAAAGUAUGACUGUGCUUUUUAGAGAGCUUGCCGCUCCACCAGUACUGGGGAUCCUCGAGUUACAGCGAUCUUUGCGAAGUGCCCCCACUGUUGCUCUAGAUACACCGGCCGUUGUUUUGGUUGGAGCUCCGAAUGUAGGGAAGUCUUCUAUCGUUCGAGCUAUUUCUUCAGCAGAUCCCGAGGUCAACAACUAUCCAUUCACGACACGUGGUAUGACGCUGGGGCACGUUGAAGUUUUUUGGUCCAACACAGAGGCCAUCGCAAAAGCUGUUGUCCCAGACGCGAAACGAAAACUGGGUGCUGUUGCCGAAGAAGUUGUUUUGGGAAAGUAUGCCUUUUCCCAACUUUGCCAAGUUAUGGACUCACCUGGGCUCCUUGUUCGGCCGGACGAAGAAAGAAACGAAAUGGAAGCCUUAACUUUGGCUGCGAUGCAACAUUUGCCGACCGCAGUCAUGUAUGUCAUGGACCUAUCGGGCGAAGCGGGAGACAAGUGUUCUAGUAUAGCGGACCAGCUUCAAUUACGACGCGAAGUGAGACAGCGCUUCCCCAGAAGACCUUGGAUCGACGUUGUGUCAAAGAUCGAUCUUGGAACGACAGACGGCUCACUAGAAGAAUUGGAGGAGAUUCUCGACGGCUCGCCUUACAUUCGGCUAAGUAUUCAUGAAGGAGUCGGCGUUGCUGAAUUGAGGACUGCAGUUUUAAGGAUGUUGGGAGAAGUAAGGGUUGUGCUUGAUGCCAUGUCGGCUGUGCACAUGCCAUCUGGAAGAUGAAUUAUUUUUACUACGAACAAAAACUAAAACCAACUGCUUCCACUUC